AUGAAUAAAGAAAAUGUUUGCCAAGCCUUUAGGACAGUUAAAGUUAGUAAUCGUGAACUAGAAACCUUGGUUAAUUCACGAGUUAAUUAGUUGUAGAGAUAACUCUAAGAAAAAGAGUAAGAAAUCGCUUAAUUACAACAAUGUAAUCCACCUGCCCAUUCUCGUUUAAUGGAAAUCAAGGUGGAUGCCAUUUAAACAGAGAAUCAUCAAUUGAGAAAUUAGGUUAAUCACUAUGAAUCUAUGAUUAAAACUCUUCAAAAUAAAUGCAAUUCAUAUUAAAAUCAAUUAGAAACCAUAUCCAAUCUGCUCCAAGAUACUCAAAAUACCUUGGAAUUCGAAAGAUAAGCCAAACAAGCCUUAGAACUCUAAUAAUCCAAUAUCUAACUUGAUGCAGAAUCAGAAAAAUCAGUCAUCAAAACAUAAAUUGAUUUGUUAAGAAAAGAGAAAUAUCAAUAUUAAUCUUAAUUUUAAGAACUUGAGUUAUAGUUGAAAUAAUAAUAAUUAUCCAAUAUGGAACUUACUUAAGAAUUAAGCACCCUCAGUCAUUCAUUUUCAUAAUUGCAACUAUCAUAUUCAAAAAUAGAAGAAAAGGCAUAUGAAUUGGAAUCCAAGAAUGAAAUCUUAGUUUCUUAAUUGGAUGUAUACAAGACCUAGAAUGAAUAAAUGAAAUCUCAGUUGCAAUAAUCGAACCCUAAGAAUGUAGAGAAGCAAUUUUAAUAGAAUGAUAGAAUCUAAGAACUUGAAGGCAAAUUGAGGUUAUCUUAUGAAAAUACUUCACAAUUCUAAUAGUUGUUGAAUGAAAAAUAAGAACUUAUUAAGAAAUUAGAAAAAUAAUUAUAAAGACAAUAAAAUUGGAAUGAGAAUAAUAAUAUCUUAUAGGAUUAACUAGAGAAAUCUUAAUUUGCUCUAGAAGAAAUGUAGUUUGAAAAUUAGAAAAUAGCCAAAUAUCAACAAUAAUAAAUAGAAUAACUGAAGAGACAAUUAGAGUUGCAAAGUAAUAAUAAUGAAGAGUUGAUAGAAACCAAAUAAUAAUUAUAAAAAAUGAAAUCUGAAUUUGAAAAUUAUAAAUCUCUUAAUGAAAGCAAAAUAAAUGAUAUUAACUCAAAGUCCAUGAUAGAUUAAUAGAAUUAAUGGAAUUUAGAAAAAUCCAAAUUGUUAAGUAGAGGUUUAAUAAAAUUAAACUUAUGA